GCUGCGCCUCGGCCCGGCCGCCGCCUCCUGCUCGCUCCGCGGCUGCCCGGCGCCGGGGUAAUAUGCUCACUCGGGUGAAAUCUGCCGUGGCCAAUUUCAUGGGCGGCAUCAUGGCUGGCAGCUCCGGCUCCGAGCACGGCGGCGGCGGCGGCGGCGGAGGCUCGGACCUGCCCCUGCGCUUCCCGUACGGGCGGCCGGAGUUCCUCGGGCUGUCUCAGGACGAGGUGGAGUGCAGCGCAGACCACAUCGCCCGUCCCAUCCUCAUCCUCAAGGAGACCCGGCGGCUGCCCUGGGCCACCGGCUACGCAGAGGUUAUCAACGCCGGAAAGAGCACGCACAAUGAGGACCAAGCAAGCUGUGAGGUGCUCACGGUGAAGAAGAAAGUGGGGGCCAUCACUUCUACCCCAAACCGAAACUCCAAGCGGAGAUCAUCCCUUCCCAACGGGGAAGGACUGCAGUUGAAGGAGAACGCUGAGUCCGAGGGCAUCUCCUGCCACUACUGGUCUCUGUUUGACGGCCACGCGGGCUCGGGGGCCGCGGUGGUGGCGUCGCGCCUGCUGCAGCACCACGUCACGCAGCAGCUGCAGGACCUCGUGGAGAUCCUCAAGAACUCGGCCAUCCUGCCCCCGACCUGCCUCGGGGAGGAGCCGGAGGGCACGCCGGCCCACGGCAGGACCCUCACCCGCGCGGCCUCGCUGCGAGGGGGCGUGGGGGGCCCCGGCUCCCCCAGCACGCCGCCCACGCGCUUCUUCACCGAGAAGAAGAUCCCGCACGAGUGUCUGGUCAUCGGGGCCCUGGAGAGCGCCUUCAAGGAGAUGGACCUGCAGAUAGAACGAGAGAGGAGUGCGUACAACAUAUCCGGCGGCUGCACGGCCCUCAUCGUCCUUUGCCUUUUGGGGAAGCUGUAUGUGGCGAAUGCUGGAGAUAGCAGGUACACACUGGCAGCUCAGGACCUGGUGAUGCGUGCCCGAGGCGUCCUGAAGGACAGAGGAUGGCGGAUAUCAAAUGACCGGCUGGGCUCAGGAGAUGACAUUUCUGUAUAUGUCAUUCCUUUAAUACAUGGAAACAAACUGUCAUGA